ACACGCUCCUAUAUAUAUAUAUAUAUCUAUAUAUUUUUUUAUAUAAAACCAAACUUUUUAAAGAAACCAAGAAAACAGAAACUCGACCCACAGAAAUUCUCUCCGCAAAACCCUUGAAAGCCUGGAAUCCAAAAAUGUCUCCCCACAACCGUUCUCCGUCUUCUUCUUCCUCUUUUCCCUCUUGUUUCCGACCGCCAACAGUCGCCACCGCCGACGACCACCAUCUGCCGCCGCCUCCUCCACCGCCGGAAACUGUCUCGGGCAACCCAAACCUCACCACUUGCCUCUACCAUACCCAGCUUGGUCUCUUCUCUCUCACCUGGUCCCGGACCUUCCUCGGUCACUCCCUCCAUCUCCAUCUCCACCCCGCGGACUUCUGCUCUUCUUCGUCUUCCCCAAUCUCUCUUUCCUCCAACCCACUUCCUCUCUCGACCUUAAGCUUCCAUCUGGAGAUCAAACCCUUCAUUUUCUGGAGGAAAUAUGGAUCGAAGAAGCUCACGACGACUUCUGCGACUACACCGAAGAUCCAGAUCUUCUGGGACCUUUCUCGGGCCAAGUUCGGAUACGGACCGGAACCCCAUUCUGGGUUUUAUAUAGCUGUUGUCGUUGACGGCGAAAUGGCUCUCCUCGUGGGGGAUUGUACGCAGGAAGCUUACGCCAGAACCAAAGCUCAGAAGCAGGAUGAAAGAGCUCAAGUUCUGGUUUUGAGAAGAGAGCAUGUGUUUGGCAACAGGAUUUACACUACGAAAGCCAGAUUUGGGGGAAGGAACAGAGAGAUUUCGAUAGAUUGCAGAGCCAAUGAAGAUGCCAGGUUGAAUUUUAGCGUCGAUGGCAAAAGGGUUUUGCAGAUAAAGCGGCUAAAAUGGAAAUUUAGAGGCAACGAGAAGAUCGACGUUGAUGGGGUUUCAGUACAAAUCUCAUGGGACGUUUACAAUUGGUUGUUUGACGACGCGAAGAGCAGCGGCAAUGGCCACGCUGUGUUCAUGUUCAGAUUUGAGAAUCCAGACCAGUUAUCUCAUGAACAAGAUGACGAGUGCUGUCAUGCCGAGAAAAACGGUGUCGUAUCGUGGCAACAGAGCUCGUGCGGGUUCGGGAUUAAUGGGAUAGAGUGGAGGAAGAUGAGGAAGAGCUUUUUGCGGAGCGGGAGGAGCUCGUCUUCUUCGUCGAUAUCCAUGUCUUCUGCUUCUUCUGGUUGCAGCUCGUCUGUAAUGGAGUGGGCAAGCACGGAGGAGAGCGAGUUGAGCAGCGGCCCAAUUGGGUUCUCUCUGCUGGUUUACGCAUGGAAGAAAUGAGGGAAAAGCUUUUCUUCUCUCUCGGCCGCCAUAGCCAGUGAGCUUCACUAACCCACAUUCGUUAAUGAACAUAGUAGAAAUAAUUAAAGAACUGAAGAAUCCCACAGAAGAUAUUAGCGAAUAGUUACAGAUCGAUAUAUUUCAUCUAACACCUCUCUUUUCUACGAAAUUGAAUUCAUUUGUAAUUGUCUGAUUACCAGAAAUUAUCACAUUCUUGUUUGAAUUCUCUCUGUGUAACAUCUAUUAAGUGCUAAAAAUCGAAAAUGACAUCAACUGGUUCAUGUCCAUUUUCAUUAUUUGAUUC